AUGCCAUCAUCUUCUUUACCUUCAACCAACCAGACAAACAAUACAAAAAACACAGUAUCAACAGCAUCUUCAUUUGAAACAGCUCCUUCCAUUGUUGAUUUAUUCCAUUCAGCCAAAAAGUUAUUGAACUUGCAACCAAGAAUUGAAAACUUACAAUUACGUAAAUCAAAUAGUAAAACCCAAUUAUCCAAAAUGCAAGCAGAAUUUAGCCAUACUUUAUCAUCUUCAAAUUCUUCCCCAGCAAAUACUCAUCAAUCACAACAUGGUCAGCAUCAUCUGAGUCUAUCUUCAACUGGUAAUCAUCAUGAUAAAGUCUUUGAUUUAUUGUCUCCACUUUCCAUUGAUGAUUUGAAGAAUAACACCAUAACUACAGCAACUACUACCACAACAUCCCCUAUGCAUCCAAUAUCUAGAUCAAAUAUCCGUCCAAGUAACAAUACUUUACAAACUGGAAUAUCAAAUAAUACGUCAUUUAAACCUACAUCGCCAGAUUCUGAAGUUCCAUCGCCUAGGCACAUAUCAUCUUCGCCGCAUGACUCAACUACAUCCGCUACUGCGAAAAAACCAUCUUUAGAUUCGGCGAGUGGUAACAUAAAUACUACUGGUAGUACAACCAAUGGCCUCCUGAAAAAACUCACAACUUGCUAUAAUUGUAAAACAACAGCCACACCGCUUUGGAGAAGAGAUGCCCUGGGUAAUACCUUGUGUAAUGCGUGUGGUUUGUUUCUUAAACUCCACGGUACUUCAAGACCGUUGUCUUUGAAAACUGACGUCAUUAAAAAGAGAAAUUCAAGAAAACCAAGCACAUCAUCGAAAUCAGGAACUCCAACUAACCUGUUUAUAACUGCAUCACUCAAGAAUGAUUUGGGGUAUAAAAUGAAACAAUCUCCAAUAGCAAUAGCGCCUUCUCCUUCUUCUACAUCAUUGUCAUCUAUUUCAAAUUCAGUUCCAAACUCAUCUCAACGAUUUAAAAAUGUAUUAAUAUUACCAAAACCACCAAGUGAAACUAAUUUAGCCCCAUCUUCAGUCAGAACCAAAUCUAUACCAAUUCCAUUAUCAUCAUCGGCGGCUGCAAAUCUCCACAAUCUGAACACUACUCCAUUCUCGCCACCAUUUAAAAGAAAGAAAUCAGAAAUUGAUGAUGGUGGUCCACGUACUCCAUCUUCUUCAUUUUCCAUGCGUAAUCGUGUUUCUUCGUCUACUUCAUUGACAAGUUCAUCAUUGUCAAAUUCCAUUAAACGUAGCAAUUCAUUUUCCAAUAGAAAGUCAUCUAUAGGUAGUCUUCAACAAAGGAAAAGUAUUGUGGGGGGAGUUGCAUCAUCAGGGGCAACAAAUUCAUUGACAUCUUCAAAUAUCAAUAUUUUGAAUCAAAGAUUGCCUCAAUCAACAUUUUUUGAUACUACUCCAGCACAUAGUCAACAAUCGCCAAUGCUUUCUCGUCACAAUAGUACGACAACUUUGAUGAAUCCAAAUAGUGUAAUUCUUGAAACUGCUAUUGCUGAUACUCCAGGCUCAUUUAAUUCAACUAAUUCCUUCCCACUGUAUGCUCAACAACAUGAGACACCAAGUUCAAUACCUGAAACGCCAUUGAAUGUGUCAGAUUUGUUACCUUCAUCGAUGGGUCGAAUGAGUCAUAUGACAAGCAGACAGCAAAGAGUUUUAGAAGAAUAUCGUGCUAGUAAACCACCAAUGGUUGCUCAUAAAGGUAUUGAUGAUGAAAUGCUUAUUAUGGAUGCAUUGAACUCAUUUACAACUAACGAUGGUACCGGUAAUGAAAUUACUGAUGGUACUAACCUAUUAAUGGAUGAUGAUGAUUUCUUUAAAAACUAUACAGAUCUACAAAGUGAUGACUUUAUGGUGCCAAACACUUUACCAAAUAGAAGUCAGAGUUUUGUUAAUGGAUUUGGACAAGUUCCAACUACAAGUUCUCAUAAUAAUCCCAUUGGUACAAACAAUACAAGCACAAAUGCUGCAAAUAACAAUAACAACUAUAAAGAUCUAGAUUGGUUAAAAUUUGAUAUGUAA